AUGUAUUCACCGAAUGAGGCAAUAGCUUUGGAGAAGCACAACUAUCAUCGGAUCAAAGAGUUGAUACACGUCAAUUAUAUUAUGGGCUACAAUCUAAAGAAAGCAACGCGCUACGACUUUAUUUUGAAGCUGUGGUGCCUGGUGCUUAUAGGAAGUACUCUGGCAUCUUACUACGGCCACAUGCAGCUGAUUGUAACCUACAUCAAGGACAUACCGCGCAUUUCAGAGUCCAUUAGUACGAUAUUCCAAUCGUUUAUGUCCGUUGUGAAAAUGUUAUACACUCUAACGGCACCGCGAAAAUUCUACAUCAUGCUACGUUGCGCCUGUCGUCAUGAGCUCCUGCAGAGCUGCGAACUAUUCGAAGCUGUCGCAGAUCUGCCAAUUGCGAAGGAACUGCGCCAGAAUGUAGAUAAGAUCAUGAAUAAGGUCUGGAUCAGCACGCGUCGCCAAGUGCUGUUCUUCCUGUUCAGUUGCAGUGCCAUUUGUUUGAACUACUUUCUCAACUCUCUGAUUGUAAUUAUCUAUCGCUUCAUAUCCGAAUCCGACGACAACGUUGAGGUUACGCUGCCACUGCCUUCUCUAUAUCCCAACUGGAUGACCUAUCCCUACUAUUAUCUGCCAUGGUUUCUCGAGACCUGCAACCUGUAUGUUUGUGGCAUGGGUGCAGUUGCCUUCGAAGGAUUAUUCGGUGUGCUGUGCCUGCAUGGCAUUGGUCUUAUGAAGACACUCAGCUACAUGAUUGACUGCUCCACUUCACCGUUGGUGCCGCAGGAGCGUAGACUUGAGUACCUACGCAAUUGCAUCUAUCAAUAUCAACGUGUGGCAGCCUAUGCCAUGGAGCUCAACAGCAGCUUUAGGCAAAUUAUAAUUGUACAAUUUGUGCUUAGCCUUUUUUGCUGGGGUCUUGUUUUAUUUCAAAUAAGCAUUGGUAUUGCCACAAGUUUUACGACGGCGCUCCGCAUGUUUCUGUAUCUCGCAGCCGGCGGCUAUCAAAUCGUCAUCUAUUGUUAUAAUGGCCAAAGCUUUUCAACUGCUAGCGAGCGCAUACCAAUGGCAUUCUAUGAGUGUGCUUGGUACGAGGAAUGCCGCGAAUUUCGACGGCUGGUCAAAAUGAUGAUAAUGCGCACCAAUCUUGGCUUUAGUCUGGAUGUAUCCUGGUUCACAAAAAUGUCGCUGCCCACACUGGUGUCGAUGAUCCGAGCAAGUGGGCAAUAUUUUGUUUUAUUGCAGAAUAUAAUG